GCUGCGACCGACCACCACCCGAGCCGACCGACGAGCAGCAGCAGCCCCUGCAGCACCAACGACCACUCACUCACUCAUCCAUACCCUCCAUCCUUCCCUCAUCUAUUGACACACUCUCUUUGCAUCCCCAGACAUUACACAUCUACACAUCUCUGCACACACCACGACAGUCGAUCGCACACCCUAUUGUCUCGCAUCAAUCUCGCACCCCUCCCAAGAAGCCAUAUCCCAAUCAUCAACAAAGGGCUCUCUCUACACGACGACGCACACUCCCCCACCCCCGUCUCGCCUCGCAUCCCCCCGUCGCCUCUGCCUUAGCCCCACAUUCCUCUUAUCACAGACAAUCCAAUAUCAACAAUGAUACCCUAAGCUCAUUAAACACUGCACGCCCUCGAGCAAUCCAAUCCAACACCACAGCCAAAUGGACUCUUCUCGCUCAAGUCCAGCAGGCCUGGCACGCCCACAACGACAGCAGCAGCCGGGAGGUGGAGGACUAUUAGAGCAGGACGCUCUGGCCGAUCGAGCCCAACGCAAGAACCUCUCGACACCAGGCGGAGGUAUCGCCACUGCUGCAUCGUCCUCCAGGUGGGCUCCCAACGAGCGUCCCCAGUCCUCUGGCACCGGCAAUGCCUCUAGGCAUGGGCCAUCACGCCGCCCAGAUCGCGAGGACGAGCCAUCUCGGUCCAACGGGCACACUAGGUCACGUCGCGACGGGUCACGCGAACGAGGCCAAUCACGCCGAGACAAGGGAAGCGACUUUGACCGCGGCCCAGCUCUCCCAAGCUCGCGCAAGCAGCUCUACGACCCCUCGAUCCCGCCGAUGCCGCGCCGAGUCGAGUCGCCCACAUCGCCUGUGCCGCCCCCCGUGCGACGCGACGACCAGCGCCGUGAUAUCGGCCCGGGCCCACGAAGGAGGCUCUUUGACCCAGACGCACCACCAUUACCACCGCCGCCUCUACCUCGGCAAACGCACAGCGCAUCCCGUAGCCGACGACCAGAACCAGAAUCGCACAGGAGGCUCUUCGACCCCGACGCACCGGGGCCAUCGCAGCACAAGCUCUUCGACCCCAAUGUUCAUGAUCCCGCGCAGUUCUCGCGAAGCGACGCGUCAGGUACAGGAGUGGACAACACAAAUAUUCAUGGUAUCCACCUCUCGUCCGCAGCAGGUGGAGCCUCCGCAGCCGCAGGCGUCCCUGGCCGCCCAUUUCUCCUUCGUCCUGGGUACAACACUCGAACGCCAGAGGAGGAAGCCGAUCGCGAGCGCGAGAGGCAACGGCGACGCGAGGGAAGCGAGCGCGGAAGCAGUAACCCGAGCAGUCGACGAAAAGACUCGGACGCGCGGAGUAAAGGCAGCCGCAGCAGCGAAGGCAGCGAGAGCUUCAAGGACCACAAGCGCGGCCGGGGCGAAGGCGAGUCUGGCGCCAAGGGACUCCUCAAGGUUGCAUACAAGGAAAUCGGCACGCUCGAGCAAAGCUUGACCGAGAUGCACAGGAAAAUGGCGGCCGACCCAGAGGCGGGCAUCUCGGUCUUACUCGACAGGGGGACGACAACGGCGGAUCGCAGCCUGCGCCAAGUUGACCCAAAGAGCGCCGACGACCAAGCCGCCUGGGCCGAGCUCGUGUCGCUGCACAAGAAGUUGGCCAACCUCCACCACGACUUCCUCAACUUUGCUCUCGACCCGACCGGACCGGCGGGUUUACGAGGCCUGCCCAUCAAAUACAACAUUCCAGUUCGACUAUGGCAAACUGGCUUCCACCUCAUUCUUGAAAGACUACGCUUCGCGUGGAUGUCGCACAAUCCGGCGGCUCUUGACCUCUUGACCGACUUUAUCUACGACGCCUACCAGUUUUACACCGAACUACUCGAGGACCAGACGCUGUCGAGCUUCCGCACUGCGUGGAUCGAGGCGCUCGGCGAUCUUGCUCGGUAUCGCAUGGCUGUUGCGAGCACCGUCACCGCCGAGGCACCAAAGGAGAAGCGCUCUGUCGACUCCCGGAUCGAUGACGACGAGCCCCUCUCAUCUGGCGCGAGCAUUGGCCAGGAGGUUGCUGACAACUGGGAUGUUGAGGACAAAGAGACAUGGCGGACGACAGCGCGCGACUGGUACGCCAUGGGCAUCACCGAGAAACCCGGCGAGGGUCGUCUGCAGCAUCACUUGGCGUUGUUGUGCCGCGACGUCCGAGGCCAAGAACCCCGUGCGCUCUACCACUUUGUGAAGAGCCUUACCGCUUCACACCCGUUCGAGACCUCGCGCGAGUCCAUCCUCCCGCUAUUUGACUCUGCACUCCAGUUUCAACGCUCCACACCCGAGGCAACGGCGAUGGACCUGUUUAUCCGACUCCACGGCAUGUUGUUCACCAAGAUUCAGCUCGACGACUUUCCCGAGGUCAUGUCACGGUUCAUGGAGCGCCUGGAAGAGGACGCCACCCUCGAUGGCGUGAGCCGCAAGGCGUGCGUCACACAGGUCGAUUGGCUCCUCAUGGGUACGGUCAAUCUCGGUGCCAUUAUGCAGUACGGCAGUGAGCAGAGCAUUAUCCGCAAGGCCUUGGCCAGAGAGGGCGCCGCUCGACGCAAACAGCAAAUCCUCGAGGACCCGGCAGAGGGCGACGACGACGCGGACGGUGGCGUGGUGGACGACGAGGAACCUCUUCUUGCACCUCCAUCCGACGACGAGCUCCCCGCGACAUUCACCCUUGCCGUCGAACUCGCGUUCUCUGUCCUCGAGUUUGUCUUCACUCACCCGUUCAGACAACAGGGAAUGUACCACGUCCUCAACCCUUACCUCACCAUCAUGCUCACCUUCCUCGCGACCAUCUUCCGGCAGCCGGGCGUCUCAGCACCUUUGCUCACUCGCGUCCCCUGGCAGCAACUGGCCAACUUUGUCAACUCGCUCGACGUCGAGGUUCGUGCUGAGGCGCGGCUGAUCGGCCCUGCGGCGCUCCCUGGCGACUGGACAAUGCGUGGCAUGGAGUGGAUCGGCCGCCGCGUGUACGAGCGCGGAUUCUGGAAGGCAAAACCGAGCAUUCGGGGAUCCUCUGGUGGGCCAGCCGUGCCCCGGAUCGGCGAGCGAUUCCAGUCUGAAAUGGACGUUCUCCUGGCCAACUUUGACUCGGCGCUCGACAUCACAGAGGGUGUCGUCGACGACGUUGACGGCGCCGACGUCACGGACGGGCCUGUUGCCAUCGACGACCGCCGGCGCCGGCGUGUGGCGUGGGCAGCUGGUGUUCUUGCCACCUACGUCGACGGCUUUGAGCUGGAGAACGGCAAGGUGGUCAUCAUUCCACCGCUCGCUACAAUUAUCGAGGAGGUCGCCCUGGCCAAGGCGGCCGAUGCGGCCAAGGCCGCGCAGGUCGAGGCCCAACGGCGUGCUGCCCGUGGUCACCGGUCCCGUAACGAAGAUCCGGAGCCGGCUGAUUUGGAGAGUGACGGCGAGGACGAUGAAGACGACGACCCGGACCUUGCAGUCCUCCGUGACCGCCGCCGCCACCUCCACGAUGUGCUCAAGGUCACGUCUUCCCACAUUACCAAGGCGCCUCGCUCCAAGCGCUCGCAGCAUAGACGGGGACAUAAUGUCGUGCCGGGCUACACGAUCCUCAUCUUCGAUACCAACGUACUGCUGUCUUCGCUGUCGUUGUUCUCCAAGAUCGUUGAGGGCGGGCAGUGGAGCGUCAUUGUGCCUCUGCCCGUGGUCACCGAGCUCGACGGGUUGUCAAAGAACCCGCCUCCGCUCGGCACCGAAGCCAAGGCUGCAGUCUCGUACCUCGAAGCGCGUAUCCGCACACACGCGCUCUGCCUCAAGAUCCAGACGUCGCGUGGCAACUACCUCACCGACCUGUUGAUCCGCGCCGAGCACUUGGACUUUAGGGCGCCCGCGCCCGGCGCCAACACGGCUCACACCGAGUCGGCCCGCACGAUGGACGACCUGAUCCUCAACGUGGCGUCUUUCCAGGCAGAGCACUUUGUCGAUCGGUCUGCGUUGCUCGGCUCGACGGCCCCUCACGACGGUGCGACCCAGGUGCUUCUGGUGACGUUUGACCGCAACCUGCGCCUCAAAGCGCGCGCGAGGGGCGUUGAAGCGGCCGACGAGAAGGAGAUGGCGAGUAUUUUGGGGCGGGGGUUGUAGGCUAGCGACUGGGGGUGUAGGGAGGCUAGCGCUCUACUGUAUGUAUAUUAUGG